CUCUUUCUUGCCUUCUCUCUUGGUUUGAAUUUCGCUCGGAAUUGGCUGAACGGCGGCAUGCCCUUCAGGCCGGAGAAGAUACCUCUCGACAUCCUAUAUCCUAUCCUUGAGCACCUCGACGAUCGCCUCGACCUUCACGCAGCUGCACUCACGAGCCGUUGCUUUAACGCCGCUGCCACUCCUCUGCUGUAUCGCAAGCUCGACACACGCACGAAAUGGGAAGAUAAAGCGUCUCCCAUCGUGCUCCACCCGGCCGUCACGAUCCUCCAAAAGCCGAUGCUGGCACGGUAUGUGCGCGAGGUGCGCGAGACAGGUGUCAUGCAUCAUACUCACCCAACGAUCACGGAAACAGUGUUUCAGGCACUCCGCCUCUGCACUAAUCUAUCUUCAUUCGCAUGGAACGACGACAGCUACUCUUCAGGCCAGCUAUUCAAGGCUUUCCUCAAAAUUCUCAAAGAUUUACCCCUACGCUCACUGACCAUUCGAACAUACUCCGAUCUCGGGGAACCCAUAUGGGUUGUUCUGAAUGAAUUUACGGGGCUGCACAAAAUCGCUAUAUGGUGCAUGAACGGACCGCCACGAGUCUUGCAAGGUUGGGCAGGCGUUCUCGGAGACACCUUGACCGAGCUCGAGUUAGGUCGCUGCGCUGGAGUGCCCGCCACAAUCCUAAUAUCUGUCCUCUCUCAGUUGCCGCGUCUGCGUGUACUCAACCUUAAAGGAGCGCCAAGUGCCGCAAUUCCAGACAUCCUCGCGUCGCUCCCGAAUCUACAGGCCCUUGACACCGAAUUUCUCGGCUCGGGAAUUUUACGGCGACGACCUGCGGACUUGGAUGAGGAGGCCACGCUGCCACGCUUGCGGCGGCUGACGGUGCGCACAAGCUCAGUCGACCUGCAAGGCCCGCAGCGCCUGUGGGUGUGGCUGCACCAAUUGAUCCCGCGCCCCUCACUCGAGGCAUUCGUACUCAACGCGUUCUCGACGCAGGGACAAACGACGAUCCCGCGCCAUUUUCUGCUCGCGCUAGCGCAUACACAUGGGGGGACGCUGAAGAGCUUCCUUGUUAAUAUGACGCAGCUUACACUCGAGGACAUCGAGUGCCUAUGUACGCUCUUUCCACGGCUGGAGGCGCUCUCGUGCGCGGUGGCCAGCCCAGAUCCGAUCGCACGUUCUGUCUAUAAUACUCUGCAGGCUUCGAUCGAACACGUCAUUGCGAAGGCAAAACACCUGCACUCUCUCAGACUGCAUGUACACUGGAUACCGGACAUGAACCAGAGCAGUCAAGGUCUAAGCACACCAUUGUCCUCAUACCUUCAAUACUCGCCCAGAUCACCAUCUGCGCGUUUUGGACGGGCAGAGGCCGAAGCACUGAUGCGGAGGGAGGGUUCGCUCCUCCGCACUGUAUCGAUGGGGCCGCACAUGUACAAGGGUUCGUGGAUGAGGAUGGCAAAUCAGGAGUUGAAGUUUGUAGUUGAAGAGGAUUCAGCGGUAGGCGAUAGCUGGUUGUAG